GAGGGUAAUUGUGAUAUCUGUCACCCUUGUUUAUGAAGAAGACAGUCAAGAAAACGGAGCUACAGGAUGCAAGCUGCCGUAAAAGCCCAGAAGAAGAAGAAGCGGCGCAGAGCUAGCGUGCUAAUUAGCUUUUCAAUUAGCCGGUGACCAAAUGUCGUCACCCAGCGGGAAAUAAUACUGACAGCCAACUACUUCUAAAUGUGCUGUAAGAAUGACAGUAAUAUGUCUAUUUUCAGUGCUUUUUGCGGUGUGGUGUUGCUCCUGGUUUUACCUCCCUGUGUUCCCAGUCCAGUGGCAGAAGGAGUAUUUCAAACCAAAUGUCUCGAGCGUCACUUCUGGCUUUCUGUCAAAUCUAGCUUCCUUACCCCGAUGAUUCGAUUUUACUUUGAAGACCAGUCUGGAUCGCACUUCCUGUCUUAUCAGGAGGUCAGACUGUGUGGCUACUCCAUCCUAAUCAAUGAUGUUGGAGACCUUGUGUUUCGUGCCUCAUUCCUGGCUUGUCAUGUCAGGCAGGCAGGAACAGACUAUCAUCUACGUCUCUGGUUUGUAAAUUUGCAGGCGGACGGCAAAAUGACAGCGUUCCCCUUUCAGCUUCACUGCUCACUGCAGGGCCAGUGGAGCACUAGAGAGAUAGUCUGUGAGGAAAACUACAUGGAGGUCUCCAUCCAGCAACCUAUACUACCUGUUACAUCCAAACAUAAGGAUGGACAUGAUGAGGCAGAUGUGGCUGUUACGUUCCGCACAGGUGAAGCUGGGUCAGAGGAAGCCAUGUUGUUGUCUCUAAGAGAGGCUUCUGCUCUCGGCUACUACAUCUCCCUGCACAGUUCACGUCUAAUCCUCCGCUGUCCCUAUUCCUCCCCGCUGUCAUACUUUGUCAAGGAAAAAGGGGUGGAUUUAGAGGUCGUCAGUUCAUUCAUCUUGUACAGAGCUGCCUUCCUGGCUGUUGACAUCUCUAUUGCCUGUGCUCUGAGUGAGGCCACGGCAGAUGGCUCUGACCUGCUGUGGACCGUCCCCUAUGUUAUUUCUCCUCUUGUUCAUGGGCAGUUCAGGGACAGAGGCAUAAGGAUUGGUGUGAACGGCCAUUCUCUGAGUGAAUCUGACAUCGUAGAGAGGGGCUACAAGGUCGUCUUGCAGGAGGAGCGAAUCGAGGUCAGGAUUCCAGCAGGAGCCCAGGGUGUACAUAUUCAGAGUGGUGCUGUGAGGGGACAGUACAGUCAGUCCAUGUCAGUGGAUCUGCUGUUCAUGAGUCAGUGGGAGGACCAGCGCUUUCCUCUCACUCAACAUCGCUCUUUUAGGCUCCUUAAGACUCCUCUCAUCCCACAAACCCUGGUCUUGACCAAAGAUAAAGUCUCACCCAGGGGAUUGCUUUCAGUCACUUUAGGCCACUUCCCACCUCACGUGCACCUCAAGAGAGUGACUGUAGACGGUGGCGGUAACCUUUUAACCUGGUCCAAAAACCCUCAACGACAGAGUGACAAAGACUUCGUGGUGUCCAGGCUCACCCACUCCAACAGGAGCUACUCAUACCAGCUUCGCCUCCCGUUGUCACAUCCAAAAAUUAUCCCAAAGCAUAUAGGUGGUGGGUAUAAGGUGUUCAGCCUCACUUUCAUCUUUACUCUUUCCAUCUCACCCACUGAAGAGGUCUUUUACCACCAAGCCACUGUAGAGCAUAGUGUUGAAUAUGAAGAUCCAGGUUCACCCUGGCUGGAGGGGAAGUGCACAGAGAGCAGCCUGCUGGUGCUACUGCACUAUGGAGCUCUGGACGAGCUGCAGUGGGAGCUCUUUGUCGGAACCCACAGGCUGGAUUGGGACCUGGUGGAGAUGGGUGGAUUUAUAGUGGAGGCAGAAAAGGACUACUUGACUGUGAAGAUCCCCUUCUACAGCCCUGUGAUGAACUAUGAAAAGCUGACAUUGCAGGGUCUUGUUGCUGGAGUCAAAGUAUCUGUUGUGGAAGCAGAAACUCUGAAAGAACACGAUAGCCUUGUCCAUAAAUGUAGCUUUCCUGUUCGAGAACUUCUAGUGUGUUUGCCUGAAGGGAGGAUGGUGGCUAUAGUUGACACCACCCACACCAUCCCACCCACCCAGCCCAACCAGACCACACUAUUAGAUCCCAGCUGUGUUCCACUGGAGACGGACAGUGCUAGAGCUCUGUUUAGCUUCAGCCUCAACUCCUGCGGGACAACUGUGACUACUGAGGGAAACUAUCUGGUUUAUGAAAACCAGAUCAGUUACUCUAAAGGUGUUCUGUCUUUUGUUGAUCCGGUCAUACGCAGAGAUUCUCCAUACAGGCUGACGAUCCAGUGCCGCUACCCAGCGAACGAUACGACUACUUUUGCUAUCCAUCCUCAUUUGAAUUCAUCUCUGGAGCAGUCAUUCGUCACACAUAGGGAAACUGCCAACACAGGUCAAGGACAAUGGAGGGUGAAUUUAGGACAUUAACGUUUACUUCAUUAAGAUGAUAUGGAUUCUUAUUUUCAUGCUGCUACUGGACCUGUAAAUAACUCAACGUUCUUUUAUCAUUUGAUGUAUUUGUGUGAAAUUCUUUAUGUAUCUUUUUUGUUUGUCCAAGAAUGUAUGUGAUAAUCAGCGAAAGGUUCAUACAGUUUUUUGUAAAGAGGCAUUUCAGGUAUUAAUUAAAGACUGCUGGUAAACCUUGUCUACUUAUGCUUUACAUGUGCACUCAUGGUUUAUGAGCAGUGUUAAUGUUAUUACUACUACUGAUAUAGAAAGUAAAAAAGAAAGUGGAAUUGAUUUCUGACAUACCGAGGCAUCAAGGCACAAGAAUAUAAGUGGAUUUAAUAACCUUAUGAAUGUUUACUUUGCAUUUUUGUGUCUAAAUUUUAAGCUUUUAUAUUGAACAUGCUGAUUCAGUGGGGCGCCAUUAAUAAUGUUUUUA